CGAAGCUGGUUUUCUGGCUUACCGGGGUAACUUCGAGAGUAACUUGGUCACGUGCAGCGUAUGUUGCUGGUUAACCCAUACUACGAAAGUUGGAUAUGUUAAAACCGAGGUAUGCUGCCAUGGCAAUAUACGUAGGAUCCCAAAACUGGUCUUCCCAGUUUUAGUUCUUGGUUAACCCUAGGUUUCCGAUUAACCACACCCUAUUUAGACACCACUCCUCCACCGACAUGUCCCCUAAAGACAAUGCCAGCAUACCUGGACGAUCCGUACGAUAUAGGCGCGCAGAUUGUGAGGGGCUCUCUUCGGAGGGCGAGGGUAUUUAGAGACCGCCAGAAUCCGCUGGCGUACCCGGACGAUGUUCUCCAUGAAAGAUAUAGAUUCUCAGCUGAGGGAAUUCGUUACCUAUGCCAGCUGCUCGAGGCGGACGUCUCUAAUGUAACCCGCCGAAGUCAGGCCCUCACAAUCGAGCAAAUGUUAUGUCUUUCAUUGCGCUAUUUCGCCAGCGGACAAUAUAUGUAUUCCAUCGGUGAUGCUGAAAACCUGAGUAAGAACACUGUAUGCCGGGUGAUACGGAAGGUGGUACUUGCUCUCACUAAACUGGUGGAUGCAUUUGUUGUAUUCCCUGGCCAUUUGCCUGCACGUCAGAUAAAAGAAGGGUUCUAUGCAAUCGCUGGUUUCCCAAGAGUAAUUGGAGCCAUUGAUUGUACGCACAUUCCUAUCAGUGCACCCCUGGGAGAGCAUGAGCGGGAUUUUGUGAAUAGAAAGUCCAAACACACCAUCAAUGUCCAGAUGACAUGCGAUCACCACUAUAUGAUCACAAGCCUGGAUGCAAGGUGGCCAGGGUCAGUCCAUGACUCCCGUAUAUUCAGAGAAUCAUCACUGUCUGACAGAUUCCACCAAGGUAAAAGUCCUAUAUCGAUUUACCUGAAGUAAUAUGCUUUAAUAGUGAACAUGAAAUCAGUGUGACAGUUGUU